AUAUUUUUCUCACACACCUCUCUGCUCUGCACCAAGCUCUUUUCACCUUCUGCAUUCCCGAAAUUGGACUUGAAUAUGUUUGGGCAUUAGACCAUCCCAUCUGAAAUCUUUUGUUAGUGUGCGAAUGUGCAGAAGAGAUUUUUUUCCAGCUUUUGCCUGCUUGUCAUGUCUCUGAGAGCACGAGAUUAGAGCUUCUCUCGAAGGUGGAGCAAAACUUCUUAUCUAUUGCCUACACUGGGAAAAGCAGGCACUGCACCCACAGGAUACAGACAUGCGUUUCUUUCUCAUUCUGGGGCUCAUGGUGUCUUGUACACAGCAAGAGACCCUAGUGAACCGCUGUGAUGCUCCACGCACAGUCAGCCUCACCACUCUGUGCACCAGCUGUGCCGCUUCUCCUGCUUCAUUGUGUCCCAAGGGCUUCAGGAGGGCCACCGCGGGCAUGGGGAACGCUGAAUGCAGUUACACUGUGGAUAUCGCCGGGCGGCUGGUCUCCCUCCCUGGCUGCAGGCACGUCUGUGAAAAGCAGGUGACGGAUCACAGGUGUUGCCCUAACUUCUGGGGUCCAUUGUGUUUGCCCUGCCCCAGCUGGGAUGGUAGACCAUGUGACUGGCACGGUACCUGCCAGCAUGGAAAUACAGGGAAUGGAACCUGUGUCUGUGAUGAGGGAUUCACUGGGUUUGCGUGCCAUGAGUGUAAGAGUAAGAACGCUUAUGGUGAAGACUGCAAAUCAAAGUGCACCUGUGUUCAUGGGGAGUGUAACAACAGUCCCAGCGGUACUGGCGAAUGUCUCUGUCAGUCUCCUUACUCAGGACCCAAGUGUGACCAAGUGACAGCCUCCUGCUCAAACUGCACCGCCUACUCUUACUGCAAAGGGGAAGGAGACCAGGCAACCUGUGUGUGUUUUCCAGGGUUUAAGAAAGUGGGACGCAUUUGCACAGGUGUUUGCUCAAAAAAUACCUGUGAUCCAAAUGCUGAAUGUGCAUAUUUGGGAGCGAGGAAGUUUCAGUGCAAGUGCAAAGAAGGCUAUGAAGGAGAUGGCAGAGUUUGCAUCCCUGUGAAUCCCUGUUCCACUGACAAUGGGGGCUGCCCCACAAACUCUACUAUCUGCGUGUACACGGGCCCAGGCAAGUCUCGUUGCGAGUGCAGGGAGGGGAUGGAGGGCCCUUCUCCCCCCACGGGCUGCCGUCUAAAAUCUGCCUGCACCGACAGCACGUGUGACAGGACUGCUAACUGCCAGACAGACACGGAUGGGCUACCCAGGUGUAGCUGUGAUGCACAGCAGGUUGGCGAUGGCCGACGUUGUUAUGGCAACAUCAUGGAGCGAGUCUUGGAGCUGAACAGAGAUGGAGAUCAUAAAGGAAAGCUGACUGGAUCUGUCACACUAUUCGAAAAGGGCUGUGAGCUUACUAUGAGCAAGCAUGGCCCUUUCACAGUCCUCCUCCCACUUCUCAAGUUGCCACUGUCAGGUAUCUCUGAGCGAUUUCUGUGCAAGCAUCACCUCAUCCUGGGACAGCGUCUUUACAAAGAUUUGCAAAACAAUGACUUUUGGACGUUGGGUGGUGAGGCAGUUAGAUUUAAAGGCAAUAAGAAAUUCAUCUUCAUGAAAGAUCCAGACACAUUGUAUUCAAUUAUCCAGAGUGAUAUUGCUGCAGCCAAUGGGAUUAUCCACAUUAUUGACCUGCCAAUCACAAAUAUUGCCAAUUCUGGCAAUGAGCAGCAUGUCAAUAUGACCAUUGGAGAAUUCAUUGCAAAGGAUCCAAAAUACAACAGAUUUUUGUCACUGGUGGAUAACUGUGGGGCGCCCAUGCCUUUCAGGGGUCCUGGUCCUCUCACAGUGUUCCUCCCGACCAACAAUGCCAUAGACCGGUUCCGGGACGGCAGUCUAAUGUACAUGCUGACAGACGCCAGACACAAGCUUCAGGAGCUGCUGAGGCACCACAUUUUCUCAUCCGCAGCGAUUACAGUGGAUCAGAUCGCUAGCAUGUCUGAGAUUCAAACAAUGGCCAAUCAGGUUGUAGGAGUUAAUGUCACCAGUGAUGGGAAAGUAUUGCUAGGAGAGAAAGGAAUACUUUUAGAAUCGACAGACAUCUUUACAUCCAAUGGGGUUAUUCAUACAAUUGAUGGUGUUCUAGUUCCACCUUCCAUCCUUCCCAUCCUGCCUCACAGGUGUGAUGUCAAUAUGAGCACGAUUAUUGUGGGUCCCUGUGUGAGGUGCAGCUACCUGUAUCAGACUGAUUGCCCACCUGGAAGUAAAGAACUGGACGCUCAUUUAAAGGACUGUGAGUAUCAGUCUUCACCACUGAGCUCAGUCCUGAGCAGCAAGGGCUGUGCCAAGUACUGUAACGUCACUCGAACGAGAGCUGAAUGCUGCAAAGGCUUUUAUGGACCAGACUGUAAGCCCUGCAUAGGCGGAUUCCAGCACCCCUGUUACGAAAAAGGGACUUGCUUCGAUGGCAUUUAUGGAAAUGGCACAUGCAGAUGCAACCCUGGGUUCGAGGGCGUGGCCUGUCACAUCUGCUCUGGUGCAACCAAGUAUGGGGAGAACUGUGAUGAGGACUGCCGUUGUGUGCACGGUGUUUGUGACAACAGACCAGGCAGUAUGGGGAUAUGCAGACCGGGGUCUUGCCUGGCUGGAUACUCUGGGGACUUCUGUGACAAAGAGGCCAAGCCCUGCGACUCCGACGGCACAUACGAGCACUGCCACAUCCACGCCUACUGCAACUAUGACGGGGUCCACACAAACUGCGUCUGCAUGUCGGGGUACGAGGGGGACGGGCACUCCUGCUCGGCUGUGAACCCCUGCCUCGGACCUAACCGAGGAGGAUGUGACUCCAACGCUCAGUGUGUGUACGCGGGCCCGGGUAACGUCUCCUGUGUUUGCAACGAGGGUUGGACAGGCGAUGGGCUGGUGUGUGCUGAAAUUAACAACUGUCUCCUGGAGAGUCGAGGCGGCUGCGAUGGCAACGCCACCUGCAUAUUUAUAGGGCCUGGACAGAAUGAAUGCAUGUGCAAGACUGGGUUCAUGGGAAAUGGCAAAGUCUGUGACUUGAUUAACCCUUGCUUGUCUGGCAACGGAGGCUGCCAUACGCUGGCCAAAUGUGAACUGCAGGAAGGGGGAGGGCAUGUCUGUAAAUGCCCCGAGGGCCUUGGAGGUGAUGGGAAGAUAUGCUACGGCAACAUAAUGGAGGAACUGGAUGGGAACUGGGAAUUCUAUGCCUUUAACAGGAUAUUACAGAAAGUCCCUUCUUUGCACCUUGAUGGCAAUGUAACUGCACUGGUGCCUUCCCCAGCUGCUCUAAGACUUCUUAAAGGAGCUGAAAAGGAUUUUUGGUUAAAUCCAUUCGUGCUGCCACACCUAUUAAAAGCGCACUUUUUGGUUGGUAUAUUCACCUUGGAGGACCUGAAGCAGAAUUUCAACAAGGAAUUAGCAACUCUAAAUCCAGGGACAAAAUGGGAAAUAAGGAACAAUAGUGGGGAGGUCAAGAUCCAAAAUGCAACCAUCCGUAGUCCAGACAUUCCCGUGUUGAACGGUUACAUCCACGUCAUCGAUCAGGUUUUGAAGCCACCCCUCUCCGACAUCCCUCCCCUUCCACCAACUCUGAUGGAGUUCCUCAACCGCACCCCCACCUUCAGUCUCUUCAGACAGGCAGCGCUGGCUUAUAAUCUCACAAACAUUAUCGGAGGUAAAGAGUAUACUGUUCUCAUGCCAACCGAUGCGGCCAUCAAGGAGCAUUUGCAAAAGACAAAUUCUACAGAACUGGGUGAAGAUUUAUUCAAGUAUCACAUACUUAUUGAUGUACGUGUCUAUCCUGAACAUUUGGACCAUGGUAUGAGCAAAAACACAUUGCUUGGAUCCUCCUUCCAGAUUUUGUUCCAUUUUGAUCGUGAAAAUAAGACACUGGCCAAUGAAGUUAUUCUUAGUGGAAACUUAAGUGAAACCUUCAAAGGGGUUGUGAUACCCAUUCCACACAUUUUAGAACUGCACAAAAAUCGUUGCAACAAAGAAAUCAUCUUAAAGUCCCCAGGGUUGUGCACUGAUUGUAAAUCAAAGCCAAGAUGCUCCUUCAGAAGCAAACCCGUUCAGAAGGAAUUUCCUGCAAAUAUGAAAUCAAACUGCAAGUACAGGAAGCGAGUUGGAGCAAGGAGGAGAACGAUGCCUGGCUGCGUCAUGGACUGUUUUCGGUAUUCAGAAGACCUUUCCUGUUGCCCGGGUUAUUUUGGGCAUCACUGCUUUAAAUGCCCAGGGAAGAUUGACAAUUGGUGCUCCAACAAUGGAAAGUGCCAGGAUGGUAUCCUGGGGAGUGGAGAGUGUCUGUGCAAUGAGGGUUUCCAUGGGACUGCAUGUGAGGACUGUGAGCCAGGAAAAUAUGGCAAGGACUGCAAGUCAGUGUGCAACUGUGUCCAUGGGAAGUGCGUGGAUGGUAUAGACGGCAAUGGAAAAUGUCUUUGCUAUAAGGGCUGGAGGGGAAAUACCUGUUCUGACGAAAUUGUUAUGGAUGCUUGCGGGGGUGUCUGUGACGUAAAUGCAAACUGCCUCACGGGGGCCGAGGGGACAGCGCCCACCUGCUCCUGUAUAGCUGGUUACCAAGGGAACGGUACCUUCUGUAAAGAGAUUAAUCCAUGUGACAAUGAUAAUGGUCACUGCUCAAAGAAUGCCAACUGCACAAAGACAAAUCCUGGUGAAAGAACCUGCACCUGUCAUGAGGGUUUCACUGGAGAUGGCGUUGUGUGUUCGGAAAUCGACGGCUGUUCUGAAAAUAAUGGCGGAUGUCACAUGAAUGCCGAAUGCAUCAAGACUGGGCCAAACAUGGUCGCCUGUAUCUGCAAGGAUGGGUAUUCUGGAAAUGGCCACUUCUGCUUUCCAGUGAACCCAUGUAGGACGGAAAAUGGCGGUUGCAGCUGGAAUGCGAGGUGUGAAUAUGUGGGUCCCGGGAAACGAAACUGCACCUGCAGAUAUAACUACAUAGGAAACGGCAUCACCUGCAGAGGCACCGUAAAAUCUGAGAUCCUACGGAAUGCUGAUGCUUCAUGGUUCAACAGAAAUUUGAUGAUUUCCAAAGUCAAUGAUGCAUUGACCAAGGGCCCUUUGACAGCGUUUGUCCCUCACAAAAACUCUACCACCAAUUUUCCGGUGGAGUCGUGGAAGAAUUCGAGCAGGGUGGGAGACUUACUCAGGUACCACCUAGUGGGCUGUGAACAACUCCUUGUGUCAGACCUCCAGUCCAUCGGAAAGGUGGUCUCCCUCUCAGGACAUGUACUGCGCUUCACCUACCGAGAGGGCGUUUUGUACAUCAACGACGAUACCAGGAUAAUUACCAGCGACUAUGUAGCCUCAAAUGGGGUGAUACAUUUCAUUGAUAAGGUCCUCACCCCAUAUGAUCUGAGCAACAGAAGUAAAUUGGUCCCAACGUUAAAUGUGACAUCUGCUGCAGAGGCAUAUGGAUAUACCACAUUCAGCAAACUGCUCCAGUCCUCUAACCUGAUGAGCAUGGUCGAGAACUCCUUCCACCAUCCCUUCACAAUGCUCUGGCCAACUGACAAGGUUUUCAGCUCUCUGCCUGAGGAGAGGAAAAAGUGGCUGUACAGUGAAGAUCAUCAGGACAAACUGGCAGCCUACCUCAAAGCGCACAUUAUUCGGGACACCGAACUCCUGGCUGUCAAUCUACCUCAUCAAAACACUGUCAGAACAAUGUAUGGUUCUACUUUGUCGUUCGCCUGUGAUAAAGACAGGGUUGGGGAUAUUUUGGUUGAUGAUGGAAAUGCUAAAUUAAUUGAGCGCCACCUGAUGUUUGAUGUGGGUAUUGCUUAUGGGAUCGACCAGCUGCUGGAGCCACCCAGCAUGGGAGCACGCUGUGAUGUUUUUGAAGAAGUGAAGAGUCAAGGCAGGUGUGGAAGCUGCUUUUCACCCCCUCUGUGUUUCUUUGGCCAAAAAAACACGGAUGAAAGUACCUCAUGCAUAUACAGCAGGUACUCCUCGUUCUCUCCGUACCAACGGCGAUAUGACUUUUACCCUUAUUCCGUACCCUAUCGUUCAAUUGGACCAUACCGAGGCAAGCGGACAGGCUGUCAGCGGACUUGCAUCAAAGUUGAUUGGACCCCCCGAUGCUGCAAAAACCACUUUGGCAGAGACUGCCAGGUGUGUCCUGGGGGUUUGGAGGCAGUGUGCAGUAAUCAUGGGCAAUGCGUUGAUGGUAUGGAAGGGAAAGGAACAUGUCACUGCAACCUUGGCUUCGAAGGAACAGCCUGUGAGCUGUGUGUGCAGAACUACUAUGGCUCCAACUGCACAAAAUGUACCUGUACCAAGAACGGAAAGUGCGAGGAUGGGCUGGAGGGAGAUGGGAGCUGCUUCUGUAAGGAGGGCUGGGCUGGAGAGCGCUGUGAAUCAAAACUGGAAGUGAAACCCACCUGCACGCCUGAAUGCCAUCCUAAUGCAGUGUGCCAACCUGAUAAUGUCUGCGUAUGUGAAUCAUUAUAUGAAGGGGACGGAAGAAACUGUACCGCUCCUGAUUUGUGCAGCGAGAACAAUGGAGGCUGCCAUCAGCAUGCAGACUGUAAUCAGACUGGCAUCAACGUCACCUGCACUUGUUUGUCCGGGUACACGGGAGAUGGCUACUUCUGCUCUCCCAUAGACAGAUGUGUGGAGGAGGAAAAUGGUGGCUGCAGUGAUUUUGCCACAUGUCUCUUCACAGGUCCGAAUGAGAGAGAUUGCACGUGCUUACCUGGCUACGUGGGAAAUGGAAUCCAGUGCCUGGAAAAGGUUGUUCCCCCAGUCGAUCGCUGUUUGGAGAACAAUGGAGACUGUGAUCCAAAGGCAGACUGCAAGGACUUACACUUUCAUGAGAACACUGCCGGAGUGUUCCAUCUGAGGUCACCUUUGGGGAAAUACAAGCUGAACUACACAGACGCUGAGACAGCCUGCCAGGCCGAGGAGGCUACCAUGGCCACUUUCUCACAGCUGUCUGAUGCCCAGCAGCUGGGGAUGCACUCGUGCGUUGCAGGGUGGAUAGAUGGGAAACAGGUAGGCUAUCCAAUCAGAUUUCCCUCUGUUAAAUGCGGUGACAACCACGUGGGAGUUGUGCUCUACAAAAACCCUGUCGACCCCAGCAGCAAAUACGACACUUACUGCCACAGAGUGAAAGAUGUAUCUUGUGACUGUGGAUCCAAUUAUGUUGGUAAUGGGGAAUACUGCAAUGGAAACCUAGUUACUGUUGUUGCCACCAAUUCAAAUUUCUCUGUGUUCUAUAGGGCACUGCUGAGCUACGCAAACUCCACAAAAGAUGGAGAAAGGCUGAUGAACUACCUCUUAAAGCGCUCAACAUUUGUAACACUGUUUGUCCCAGAAAAUGCUGGAUUUUAUGGAAAUGAGAGUUUAUCGUGGAGGGACGUGGAGUACCACAUCUCUACCAACAACAGUAUUCACCUCUAUAAUGACCUGAAGCAUGGUGCAGUCAUCCCUUCUCGCCUGGGCUAUAACCUCUCAGUGACCAUAACUCCAGGCAACACAACACUUUCUGAUAGUUCACAACUUUUCAAGCUGGUAAACAGAAAGCAGAUCAUAGACUGGGAUAUCCCCGCAACCAAUGGAAUCAUCCAUAUCAUUAAGGGGCCGUUGAAGGCCCCUCCCAAACCUGUGCGGCCCAUGCCCUCCGCAUCACAUGCACAGUCUGGAACGGGUGCCGUGGCCUCUGUCCUCAUUGUGCUUCUUCUCAUCGCUGUUGUUGCUGGCCUGGGAUACUACUUUCUUAAGCACAGGAAUAAUGCCUUCAGAUUUCAGUACUUUAAGAAUGAUGAUGACGAAGGCAACCCCAGCUGGACAGAAGGGAAUUCUUCUCUGGUGUCCAUCCCUAAUCCUCUCUACACUGGCUACAGUGCUUUUGUAGAACCAUUUGGAGAUUCACCGGAAGCUGAUUCUCCUGGCACUCACCAUGUCCUUGAGCAGUUUAAAGAACAGGAAAUGCUUUAGUUAUACACUGAAAAUUUUAAGUACAACUGGAGGAAUGUGAAUAAAUGUAAAAUUUGUGGGCCUUCCAAAGCUAUUACAGCGAGGUCCCGUACCUAUUUUUUUACAUUAUAAAAUCAGUCCAGGAGGUAGUUGCAAAAUCUAUGUGUUCUAAUUGAAUUCCUAGCUUCUCUUGUUAAUACUUACAUAAUUACCAAGUUUGAACAUACACACUGUAUUCAAUUCAAGCAGGAAGCAUCACAGUACGAUUUUACAUGUGUAGGAUUUUUUUAUGUAUGACUUCAGAUAGUAUGAGUAAGCCGAUGUUAGGUAGUUAGUACAGAAAACUGAAAACUUGUUCAAAUGUUAGCUUUCAAAACUCAUUUUGCAAUAUUGAACAUAGACAUAUCUAGUUACAUUGUUUUCUUACUGUCUGCUCAGCUACCCGUCAUACUCAGGGGUAUGUAAAUAGCUGACCUUGGUGAUUACAAGUCUUACAAAAAGCUUACAUUUGCUAAAUGAAAGGAUGUUUACUGUGAAUGUCCGAAUACUCCACUUGACCAAUGACCUCCAUAAUCACCAUCCUUACUUCCAACAAGAAAGCACCAAUCACACCGAUCUGGCAGCAGUGGGCUAAGAAGGGGUAAUACCAUUCAGUGACAAGUGGAGUGAAAAUUGUUUUAAAUAGCUAAAAUUGAGCUUUUCAGCUUUAGCAUGUGUCCUGCUACCAAAUCUGAGGCUGCAGUAAUUAUAAUGUAACUGAGUUACAACUUAAGAUUGAUUCAAAUCUGCAUAAUAUAGUGUAUGAAAUUUAUGAAUAAAAAGAAUGCUUACUGAAGCAGUUGUA